UAUGUGAUGACGCGCGACCGAUUGAUUACAAAGGGCUAUCGCAUGGAGAAACGCCUAAUCCCGCUUGACUCGCGACCGAUUCGAUUCUUCUGCAGUGCAUGCGAGAGGCCUUUUGCCUUGAGUGAGGGUGGUGAGACGAUUGAGAGACAAAGAAAUACAGCAUGCUUUGUAGACUGCACACACUGUGGCUCAAAGUGUAACAUCCUAUACGAACCAGUUCUAAAUGACCCCCGAGACGACACUAGCUAUCGAGACAUCCAUAAGGAGAUACAAAGCGCCACACACAGCCGGAGUCCUAGUCUCGUCCAAAAGAGUUCGAUGGCGUCCAAGUUUGCCAUGGCUGAUAUGAACGGCGAGCAAUCGCUGGCGCAGAAGGCGAAGAAAUUGAGAGAUUCGUGGUCGUUUAGAAAAAUGUCGCAGGGCGAUGAAGAGGAGCUGCUUGCUAUCAGCUUUGCUGGAUUGUAUGACCUGGAACGGGCACAUGCACCGAACGGGGUCUACCAGCCGCUCUCAGAUGCAGGAAUGGCUCUUUCAGACGUCAGCCUUUGCUCCGAUGUCGGCGGUAGUCCCGUCUUAAUCGACAAGACAGAUCUCUGCGACGACGAGAGCCAACAUCAGCGAAGUGACGGGGCAGACUCGGAAGGCGAGCUCAUGGAGAACAACCGGGAUUCCCGGUACGAGACGCCACGAGCGUCAAAAAGGCAGUCAUUUUUCCAGAAAUUAUUUGGCCGCAAAGUCACUGGUGUAUCACGAUCACCAUCGACAUCGGGUCGAGGGAAGAAACUGAAGAAACGAGCAAACACAAUACGAUUCUCCUUUGUCACAAAGUACCGGAGCGAGAGCAGGGCAGCUGGGAAUAGUGCAGGGUCGUCAGAGGAGGCUCUCGCAAACCCGAAAACGCAUAGCAACAGCAUGACGACUGUGCAGGAUGCCGAAUACCUGGCGCUAUUGCGAGGGACGCAGAGCAUCUUCGUCCACCUGCAGUAUCUCUCGGGCGGAGCAAUCGUACACGAUGCCUCUGGACGCCAGCGGAUCCUCCAAGUUGAUGAGAUUGCCCGGUUAUUCCUGCAGAUGAAGGAUGAGCUCACUUCAACGGCUAUUUGGUCCCGCGUUCUAACGACGAGACUGCGUGCUGAAGCCUUGCUACGACAGGGAAACCCACAGGGGGCGGUGGUGGAAUUCCACGACGCCAUGAAGAUCCUCGAUGAUACGCCAGCCCUCGACCUUGAGAAACAGACCCGUGCAGCGAUUCUCCACUCGCUAGGCCAAGCAUAUCGUGAUCUCGACCUCGCUGCUGAAUCAGAAGCAUGCUAUCUCGAAGCUCUAGGCCUCUACAAACGCGUCCUUGGCCGCGACCACCCCAAGAACUUUGCUGUCCUCCACGACCUCGGUAGUCUCUGCGAAAAAGACGGCUACGCCACCGAAGCAGCAGCCUUGUACGAGCGCUCAUUCGCAGGCCGAUUGAAGACGCUCGGGCACAACGCUCCAGAAACCCUGAGCAGCAUGCAAAACCUCGCCUCGCUAAAAGUCCUGCUAGGCGACCUCGAGGCCGCCCUGCUACUCCUCGAAAAGGCCGUCCCUGCGCUCGACACUGUCUUUGGAAUCCAGCACGAGACAACCUUAAAUGCUAUGAACAAACUUUCCCUGUUGUAUCAGAAGCGCGGCCUGAAGAAGGAAUCCCGCGCGAUCUGCGGCCGCACGAUUCCGCAUUGUCGUACCGUUUUUGGGCUGGCGAACCCUGUAACCCGCGACGCUGUUGUGCGCUACAUACAGAGUUCCGAGAAUUUUGACUUUUCGCCCGAGAUCGUGGAUAUCAUCGAUGCGUACCAGCGCUCCCGCGACACAGAUUGCCUCCGCGUUAUCCACCGACUCGGGCGGUCAUAUAUGGACGUCGGUCUGAACCGCGACGCCGCAACCCUUUUCGAAGGUCUCGUUGAGGACUUUCUACUGGUCAAGGGACCCGAAGCUCCCGAGACUUUCGAUGCUCUGAGCGCACUGUGUGUAUCCAGGGAGCAUCUUGAUGAUAUGGACAAGGCGAUUCUAGCGUACAAGCAGCUUGUGCAUAUGGCCAGUCGGACGCCGGAGGGCCACCACUCAAGGAAGAGGAUUAGAUACGCUGAGAAACGCAUCGCGGAGCUCAACCGAAGACGGGAUAUCUUGAAUUCAGAGAGGAGAGAAUGGGGCCUUGACGAGGCUAGAGCCUGCGAGGGUUGUGGAACACUCACGACCGCGCUCUGCAGCACCUGCAACAUAACCCCCUUCUGCACGGACACCUGCCGCACAUCCUCCUUCACAAUCCACAAACACCAAUGCAUCCCCUCCGUAACCCUCCGCCAGUCGAAGUCUCUCGCCGUGAAACCGAAAUGCCCUCCCACAGCGCGCGAGACCGCCCUGUCCAGAAUCAUCCAGUCCGAAGGACUCGUCAGUGGUAUGGGCACGAGCAUGAGCAUGGGUAUGAAGAACAUAACCCUAACAACCAGCUACACAUUCUACCUGGACCCGAGGAAUUUCACGACGUUCCGGAUGAAGCUCAAGAAGGACGUAAAUACCGUCGUGCUAUUUUCGGCGGAUGCGGAUGUUGAGUUUCGGGUUGUUAGUACUGGGGGAAGGAAAGCGGCUUCAGCAUCGAGGCCCAGUUCGAAGGGGGUAGGGAGGCUGUCGAUUUCGAGGCCGACGACGUCGUCGAGAUCCAAACAAGCGCCGGCUGUACAGCAGCAACAUACGCAUACCCAGGCUGAGACCAAGACAGCCGAGCUCGGACAAUCAUGGCUCUCGCCGCAGUCCCAAGACUUUAUCUGCUACACGCCUCUCGCGCGUCCUAAAAACCCAGGAACUCAGGCGCAGCAUACACGCUCAGCGCAGAAGCCCUCACCACCUUCGACCACAACGCCGCAGGCUACGAGAUUGGACCCAUUCCCCUUCGGACCACGGCCGGAUACGAUCUUGACAACCGAACCCUCCGCAUCCAUAACCACACAACCCCAAUCCCAGCUAGACGGCGAAGCCACAAAAGAAAGCCAAAAAGAAAAAUACCUCUUCAUCAAGCCAGGAAAAGAAAUGCACCGCGCCCUUGUUGAGAAACGCGCUGCUGUGCGUGCUAUGCCUUCCGCUACCGAUACCAGUCCCAGUUUCGGUACACAAGAAGAGACGAACGGGCGAGAAACAAACGGCAAUGGCGUUGUCAAUACCAUCCCCAGCAAGGAGCUUAUCGAGUACGCACAGGGUCUUCUACCUUCGGGGUAUCUGGGUGAAGUUGUCGUUUACGUUUUUGAGUGGGUGUGGAAGUGAAUUGGUUUUGGAUAGGGUUGUUGGUUGGAUUCCAAC